UGAAUGAUGAUGAUGUUUUGAAUAAAAAAAAGAGUCAAAGAAAAGUUUGUUGGGGAUGUGUGAUAAUAAAAUAGCCGAAAACCCACAAAACAACGAAAAGAGUGAUGAGGGAGGGAGGAGAUGAAGAUUGAAAAUCGAAAAUUGAAAUAGAAUAGUCAAUAAAUCAACACUACAGUCCGCACGUCGGUAACCGUAUCGAAGAAAAAACAAAAAUUUACUGGUGGGAAAACGAAAACAAAGCUGCCACAAGAGAGAACAAUGGAAGAAUUCUUCAACAAGUUCUCUCUUUUUACAUCAACAACAACACCACAACCACAACAACAACAACAAAUGGAAUCCUUUUUAUCACCAUACCAUUACCCAUCAUCAUCAUCAACCCAUUCUUCACCCACUACUACUUGUACCUUCUUCAUCAUCAACCCCAUCUCACCUUCAUCAUUUUGACUCAUCGCCUUCGAAUCUCAUUGCAAAUUCCAAGUGUUAGAAGCAACAGUAACAUGUUUGGGGGUCAUUCCGGAUACCCUACCUUCCCCGAAGAACACCGAUCACACACACAGUACGACAUGACUGCAUUGCCUCAACUUCAACUCUUCGGAAAAUUUCCAGUUGGGUGUACGCUGGAUAACAUAAACUUUGUUGGAAACGAUCAUGCAACUGCAACUGCUUCAGGUCGAGGGAUCAAAAGGGCACGCGAGCAAAAGCUUCACAUAUCUUUAAACAACAACUUCUUCUGUCAAGAUGAUGCAGGCCUCAUGAAUCCCAACCACAACCACCCUGUAUCAACUGGCCUGAAAUUAUCUUAUGAAGAAGACGAACGCAACUCUUCUGUCACUUCCAUUAGUGAAAACUUUAAAGCUCUUCAACCCCUUUCUCAUUCUCUCACAGGCAAUAUUAAGCUCGAAAUGGAUCGCCAAAAACAACUUCUUAAUCAUUAUCUUAAACUCCAGGAAGAAAAUAUGGUGAAGGGUAUAAGAGAACUGAACGAGAAGCAUACAGUUUCAUUGCUAAACACAUUGGAGAAAGAAGUAUCAAAGAAAUUAAGUGAAAAAGAGAUGGAAAUCGAGAAUAUGAACAGAAAAAACAUGGAAUUAGGGUUGAAGAUAAAGCAAGCAAGCAUGGAAGCUCAAUCAUGGCAUUACAGAGCAAAAUACAACGAAUCAGUAGUGAAUGCUCUCAAGAACAAUCUGCAACAAGUGAUGAUGACACAAUCACAGAAGCCUGUUCAAGGGAAAGAAGGAUAUGGUGAUAGUGAGGUUGAUGAUGCAGCAUCUUAUACAAAUGUAAAUUUAAAUCCCCAAAAGUGUGAUGAUAUGAAGGCGUUCAAUUGCAGGGCUUGCAAUGGGAGGGAGGUUUGUGUUUUGUUAUUGCCUUGUAGGCACUUGUGUCUGUGUAAAGAGUGUGAGGUGUUUACUCAAAAUUGUCCUGUUUGUCAGGUGAUGAGAACUGAAAGUGUACAUGUUUUCAUGUCCUGAAAAAAAAAUGCUGUGUUUUGUUCCAAUGUUUUGUGUGAUUAUGCAAGUUAUGCGUAAAAAUGGAAUGGAAUCUUGGCUGAUUUAAAAUCA